CUUGCGUGUUUCUUUGACAGACUUAUGCAGGCAAAGACCUGGAGGAGCAGCUGCGGUCGGUGUCCAGUGUAGAUGAACUCAUGACUGUACUCUACCCUGAAUAUUGGAAAAUGUACAAGUGUCAGUUGAGGAAAGGAGGCUGGCAGUACAAUAAAGAACAGGCCAACGCCAACGCAAGAACAGAAGAGACUCUAAAAUUUGCCGCGGCUCAUUAUAAUGCAGAGAUCUUGAGAAGUAUUGAUAAUGAGUGGAGAAAAACUCAAUGCAUGCCACGGGAGGUGUGUAUAGAUGUGGGGAAGGAGUUUGGAGCAGCAACAAACACCUUCUUUAAACCUCCAUGUGUGUCCGUCUACAGAUGUGGGGGCUGCUGCAACAGUGAGGGGCUACAGUGCAUGAACACCAGCACAAGUUACCUCAGCAAGACGUUGUUUGAAAUUACAGUGCCUCUCUCUCAAGGCCCCAAACCAGUAACAGUCAGUUUUGCCAAUCACACUUCCUGCCGAUGCAUGUCUAAGCUGGAUGUUUACAGACAAGUCCAUUCCAUUAUUAGACGCUCCCUGCCAGCAACACUACCACAGUGCCAGGCUGCAAACAAGACCUGCCCCACAGAUUACGUAUGGAACAAUCACGUCUGCAGGUGCCUGGCGCAGCAGGAUUUUAUUUUUCCCUCUAACGCUGGAGACGACCCUGCAGGCGGAUUCCACGACGUCUGCGGGCCCCGCAAGGAGCUGGACGAGGAGACCUGCCAGUGUGUCUGCAGAGGCGGGCCUCGGCCUCCCAGCUGUGGGCCCCACCGGGAGCUGGACAGACACUCGUGCCAGUGUGUCUGUAAAAACAGACUCUUCCCCAGCGCGUGUGGGGCCAACAGAGAGUUUGAUGAAAACACGUGCCAGUGCGUGUGUAAAAGAACCUGCCCAAGAAACCAGCCCCUGAACCCUGGGAAAUGUGUCUGUGAAUGUACAGAAACGCCACAGAAAUGCUUCUUAAAAGGAAAGAAGUUUCAGCAUCAAACAUGCAGUUGUUACAGACGGCCCUGUACGAACCGAGUGAAGCACUGUGAGCAGGGACUUUCAUUCAGUGAAGAAGUGUGUCGCUGCGUCCCGUCUUACUGGAAAAGACCGCACGUGAACUGAGAUGAUCCUCUUUGCUAGUUCGUCAUUUUCCUAGCAUGGGAAACUGUGUCGUCGCCACCUUAGAACCAUGAACAGAGACACUUUGUGGGACCCUGGUAACAAAGCUGAAAAUCAGUUUCCUGAACCACGUGGACACAUGUUACAGAAAUGGACUGGAGCUUAUCUGCAAAGGACCUCUUUAAAAUGCUGGUUUUCUGCCAGUGACCGAACAUCUGAGGUUUUUCUCUUGUGAUUUAAAAGAAAAAAAAAGAAAGAAUAAUGACUAUAUAAUUUAUUUCCACUAAAAAUAUCGUUUCCGCCUUCAUUUUUAUAGCGAUAACAACUGGUAAAGCUCACUGUGAUCAGUAUUUUUAUAUCAUGCAAAAUACGUUUAAAAUAAAAUGAAAACUGUAUGAUAA